AUAGUAACUGAUUUUUUAGUUAUUUAAUAUAUAAUUACUAUUUUAUUAUUUCAUAAUAUGUAGAAAAACAUAAAAUAAGUAAUAAAUUAUAAAAUAUUAUUCUGCAUAAAACGCAGAUCUAAACUUAAGUAUGUAUCUUUUUAAUAAUUUUAAAUCUUAAAUAUUUUCUAAAUUUUAGGCCAAAACAAAAUAAGGAAAUAAGAACAAAGUAAAAAAUUAAUAUUUAUAUCGAGCAAUAACCAAAAUAGAAAAAACGACACAAAAAUAAGAAAAAUAUUGAAGAUAGAUAGGAUUGACAUGUGAACGUAAAUUUCUCAUAACCAUAAUUAAUUUUUAAAUUGUUAAAUCAUGAUAUAAAACCGAGCUGACAUAGUUUUAUUGUAACCAAAUAGUAGGCAUGAGCUUCUUCGGCCUAAAUGUUAGGUUCUUAUUCAAUAAGUGAUUUUUUACCUAAAAGAUUUAUAAAAAUGGAAUCAGCUUAUUAGUAAACAAAUUAUGUAAUUGACAAAAAAAAAAUUUAAGGGCCAAAAACAUUAAUUCUAUUAAAAACAUAAAUUUUAUUUUUCCAUACGAUGUUUUUUAAAUAAUUUUCAUAUACAUUUUUCCGUAGGUUUUAUCCUAGUGUUUAUUAAAUAAAGUAAACUGCCUAAUACUAAUUGUGUGGUGCAUGCACAAUCAAUAUGCUCCAAAAAAAAUCAAAAAGAUGUUGGAAUAUUUGUUCAGACUUCAGAGUAUCCGAUUUAAACGAUAAAUAAUCUAUUCUAUUAAAAGAAAAGUCAUGAUUUUAUUCAUGUGUGAUAUUUUAAAAUGGACUGUUCUCUAAAAAAUUAACUAAAUAAGUGUAUAACAAUUUUAUUUUAGAAAGUUGAGCCUUUAAUUGUAUGUUUACAUCACGUGCCCCAUUAUAUCUAAACGAUUGCAUAACAAUUGUUUUGCAAGGUGGUUAUACUAACCGUAUUUUAUACAAACAGUUAGGACAAAUUUUCAUAUGAUAUAUUUAAAGUGGUUAUUCUAUUUAAUCUUUUGUUGUUAAAGCAAAACCAUUAUUUUUUCCUCAAUGCAUACAACUCAUUGUGAAUAUAUAAUAUGUAUUUUAUAAUUAUUUUGACAUACAUGUUUGUCAAUAUAUUUUCUUAUAUUUUACAUUAAAGUUUAAUGUAUUUUAUAAAUAACAGUGGGUUAAACUAAAGAAAAAUAAUCAAAAAACUUUAACAGAAACAAAAAUAAUGCGAAAAAGGCGACGCUAAAGGCGAUUUGGGUUUUAGGGUUACGGCGGUUCCUUUUCCGACAAUUUCUCGGCCUCUGUUCCCCUAAAUCCGUUUUUCUCGGUGAUGGAAUGACGUGGUGUCCCCAUUCCCUCCAUUCCCUGACAGUUAUCCCCAUGAUUGGAAACUACGAUCGUGAUGAAUUAAGUUCUCAACUUCUCCGAAGUUUGAUCUAUAUAAACCCUGGAGUAUGGAGUUCUGUUCUAUCACAUCUACAAUCAUUCUCAUUUCCAUUGAUAAACCCUUUCCAUUUACGCUUCAUCAUCAUGGGCGAAAAUUUGCGAAGAGGGAUACAGAACAUUACACUUGGUGCUGACGAUCCGCCGGUGGCUUUACCAACCUAUGUUAUUAAUGAAGCGGUGGCUGAGAACAGAUUUGUUCUUAUUGGAAGACCGGUGAUGCCUAGGAGACAAAACAUAAGGGCGAUCAUUGCAACUCUACCGAGAAGUUGGGGUUAUGAAGGAAUCCAAGGGCGACUUGUGGAAGGCAGACGUUUUCAGUUUGUAUUCCCUUCUGAAGAGUCAUUAGAAAUGGUGAUUCGCAGGGGUCCGUGGGCUUUUGCAGACCGUAUGCUAAUUAUGGAGAGGUGGACUCCGGAUUUCAAUCCUCUGAUGCUCAACUUCAUUCCUUUUUGGAUCCAGAUCCGAGGAAUCCCAUUCCAGUACAUGAGCCAAGAUGUGGUCAUUCACAUAGGGCGGGCGCUUGGUAUGUAUAUGGAAGUGGAUUACAAUGCUGAGGUAACGGCCAGGAGAGAGUAUGCUCGUGUCCGUAUUAAUUGGAACGUUGAUGAACCUUUGCGCUUCCAGAAGCAGUUUCAAUUCCUUCCAGGGAUCAACACCUUAUUGAGAAUCAACUAUGAGAGACUUCGUGGUUUCUGUGAGGUCUGUGGAAUGCUGACUCACGACUCUGGGGCUUGUUUAAUUCAGAAUGGAGGGCAAGACAAUGCUGAUGAAGAUGACGACAAUGGGAGUGAUGAUGAUAAUGCGGGUGAUGGUAUGGCAAAUGAGCCUGGUUUGAUUAUUGAAGAAGUUGUGGAAGCCGAAGAACAAGCCGCUGCUGCAAGAGUUCCAGAUGAGGUUCUACAGGAAGAGUAUGAACGGGGAAUUGCUGCUAUAGAAGAGGAGGCUGAUGAGGAAGCACUAUGGAAUGGAGAGACACGGCCAACGCUACCCUCUGAGGAUAUCAUUAUGGGGGAAAUGUAUUCUCCAUUCACGCUAACUGGAGAGCGCUGUGAUGGCUUGGAAGGGCUGAAAAGAAAGGCUUGGAUGGAAUCAGCUGCUGGUAACGUGGAUAAAUUUAACAGUUAUGAGCAAGGAGAAACUAGCGAGAAGAGGUACACUAGAAGAAAGAAGAUGGCUGUUUCGAUCAAUGUAGUUCCUGAAGAAACCCGGAACAAUGAAGAUUCAUCUGCUAACACCAAUGUGGGAGGCGCGGUGGGCCCUAAACCACCACAGCCGCCAUGA